CAACGAUUGGUGCUGGAUUAUAUUGACAAGUGGAUAUGACUUGUGACCAGGCAAAGAGACGUAUCACUUGCGUAACUUUUCUUCUUCUCUAGAUAAGCUUUUGCCAACUCAUUCUCUUUUAUUGCAAAAUUCAUGUGUUAGUUCUUCUUCUUUACAAAAUUGAGUUUAAACUGUUUUAUUACUAAUCCAAAUGAGGAAUCACUUUGCACUAUUAAUAGAAAAUAAUACACAACCAAACAUCUAAAAGAUACUAUAAUAGUAGAGAUCAAAGACCUGAGCAAAAACUGAAAGAAAAAAAAAAAAAAAAAAAAAGACUUCUCCUCAAAAAUGGCGUUUACACUAGGUGGAAGAGCUCGUCGUCUAGUCUCUGCAACAUCAGUUCAUCAAAAUGGUUGCUUACACAAACUGCAACAAAUUGGAUCGGAUCGGUUUCAGCUUGGUGAAGCAAAAGCAAUAAGAUUACUACCCAGGAGAACAAACAUGGUUCAAGAAUUAGGAAUCAGGGAAGAAUUUAUGGAUCUAAACAGAGAAACAGAGACAAGUUAUGAUUUUCUGGAUGAAAUGAGACACAGAUUUCUGAAAUUCAAGAGACAAAAGUAUCUACCGGAGAUAGAAAAGUUUAAAGCUUUGGCCAUAGCUCAAUCACCAAAGGUAAUGGUGAUAGGAUGUGCAGAUUCAAGGGUAUGUCCAUCUUAUGUACUAGGAUUUCAACCUGGUGAAGCUUUUACUAUCCGAAAUGUCGCCAAUCUCGUUACCCCGGUUCAGAAUGGACCAACAGAAACCAACUCGGCUCUUGAGUUUGCGGUCACCACUCUUCAGGUUGAGAACAUUAUAGUUAUGGGUCAUAGCAAUUGUGGAGGAAUUGCAGCACUUAUGAGUCAUCAAAACCACCAAGGGCAACACUCUAGUUUAGUAGAAAGGUGGGUUAUGAAUGGGAAAGCCGCUAAGUUAAGAACACAAUUAGCUUCAUCACAUUUAUCCUUUGAUGAACAAUGCAGAAACUGUGAGAAGGUAACUAAUUCCAAACAUCUUUUUAUUCUUAGGUCUCUUAUACCUGAAGCUGAUUUGUGUGUGUGUGUGUGUGUGUGUGUUUUUUCUUGUGUUGGGGUAGGAAUCUAUAAAGGAUUCUGUGAUGAAUUUGAUAACUUAUUCAUGGAUAAGAGAUAGAGUAAAGAGAGGUGAAGUCAAGAUUCAUGGAUGUUAUUACAAUUUGUCAGAUUGUAGUCUUGAGAAGUGGAGAUUAAGUUCAGACAAGACUAACUAUGGAUUCUAUAUUUCAGACAGAGAGAUAUGGAGUUGAGUAAAUAUUGAACAAUCCUCAGUUCUAAUAUUCAGAUGUAUCUUUGUACAUACGAAAUGAUAUUUACACAAUUGGAAAAAAAGAAAAAAAAAAAAGUAAUAUUGUAAUAACGGAAUAAAAGGUGAAUUGGUCUACCCGCAGCUCUCAAGUGGUUUUUUAUAAUGUUGGGACUAUGGUUUACACAAAUAAGAGUUAAUAUUAUUAUAAUUAUAAUAAUAAUAAUAAGAGUUAAUAGUAUCUAAUAAUAAUAAUAACUUUACACAAAUAAGACUGUGGACUUUGUAUUUGCCGGAGUUACUAGCCUUGUCUCUGCUCUCAGCAACCGCCCAAAUCAGAUCUCAGUCACCGGUUUCUCACCGGAUUUUUUCUUCAUUUUGUAUCUGUGUAACUUUGCCACUAUCAGGCCUUUUGGCUCAUUUCAGGGGCAGGCCCA